UUUUUUUGCACCCCACAUUCAUGAAUCAGAGCGCUUGGAGUAAAGGUAUGUAUUAUUCUGGCAGCUUUUGCCCCGAUGGCUGCACAGCAGAGCAUCUCUCCGGUUUUCAACCUGAUCCCUCGGUAUGUGUUUCUUUGACCUCACACAAAGACAGUGAAGAGAUGAAAAUGCUUCACGAGCAGGCUUUUUACGGCAGCAGUGAUGCCUGUUCAAGCCAUCAGGAGUUCAAUACCUCCAGCGAUGAUGUAUAUGGAUCUACAAGACGGCCACCAUCUCCUGCAUCUAGUUCCUUUGGUCACCCUGACUUGGACUAUAACAGCAGUCAUCAAGCAAAGCGUGCCAGAGUGGAGAGUAUCAUCAAAGGUAUGGCCAGCUCCCCCGGGGUGCAGGACACAGAUGUGAUGACAAAUCAGUACGAGGAGUCAGACAACAUGAAGGGGAAUGAAAGGAUUCAAGAACUGCCUUUACAUCAGGGAAGAAAAAGACCAGGCUGCAUGAAAAUAAAAAAGCUUGACAGUCAGCAGCAGCACCGCCAACAGCUCAGAACAGGAUCUGACAACGUGGACGCUCUGAACGACAAUUCAGACAGUGGUAAGGAAGAGAAAUAUCCCACCUGGAAAGAUUCUUCUGGAAGUUCUUCAAGUUAUGAGUUUAUAGAUUCAUACAGUGAAUUUCAGAGCAGCAAAAGUAGAAAGUUGCAGGGAUGGAAGAAGAUGAAGCUGCUGAACUACUUCCAAUCCAAACCGGAUAGAAUAAAGCUAAUUUCGGAUGUUUUAAAGUAUGAACUUUCCAAAGCUGUCAGUAUGAGUGUUGACUCUAUUUUCAAAAGCAUGCCGCUUCUUCAAAUGCCACAGAGUGACAGAGGGAACGUAGAGACGGAUAUCCCUCUCCAUCCUACAGUUUGCAAAGAUAAUUCACUUUCCUGUUGUGGCAAAACAGAUGUGGCAACCCCAGACGUUCAAACAGAAGCUUUGUCUUUGGUCGUUCAGAAGCCUCAACCAGAGAGAGACGACAAGUUCUCCCUCCAGUCAGGAUCGAGAGGCCACCAUAGUCCCAAACCUCCAGUCCCCUUAAGUCAAGACCCGUCUGUGCUUCAAGACGAGCCGUCUGACGAGGGUCCCCACGCUGCCUGUCAACAUGCUCUGCAACACUUGCCAGAUGAAGUAGAUCCAGUGAAGUUUGCAAUGUUUAAUGCACAUUGGAAUUCAAUCAAAGUCAGAUCGAAGGUCAACUCCAGAUCUGUGAUAAGACCACACAGUCACACUUUGACAGUGAAUCCUCGACUUUUCGAAAGUUUGUGUCUUCCUCAUGUCAAGGUCGAGUCCGAUAGCCUGGUGAAGAAUACACUUUACAUGCUCAAUGAGGGUCUCACCACGAGUCAUCUGAAGAAAGCGAAGCUUAUGUUCUUCUUUACUCGAUACCCGAGCUCAUUGGUGCUGAAGAUGUGUUUUCAUGAUGUGCAGUUCACGCGCUGCAUCACCUCUCAGCUCAUCAAGUGGUUCAGUAACUUCAGGGAGUUCUUCUACAUUCAGAUGGAGAAGUUUGCCCGACAUGCUCUCUUAGAAGGAUCGGCCGAUGUCAGGAGUCUGUCUGUGGGGAGAGAAUCAGAGCUGUUCAGGGCUCUGAACAUGCACUACAACAAAGCCAACGACUUUCAGGUUCCCGACAGAUUUCUGGAAGUUGCAGAGAUUACAUUGAGAGAAUUUUUCAUUGCCAUUUCUAUGGGAAAGGAUCGUGACCCGUCAUGGAAGAAAGCAAUCUACAAGGUGAUCUGUAAACUGGACAGUGAUGUACCAGCCGAGUUCAAACGUCAUCACUCUGGAUGA